AUGUUGAACAGCAAGAUCGCUCUGGCCUUGUUCGCUGCUGUCGGCACUGCAGUGGCUCAGUGUGGCAACGCUGCUGUCGACGAGCUUGUCGGCUACGGCGCUGCCACCACUGGCGGAGGCAAUGCCCCGCCUGUUGUCGUGACCACAUGCAGCCAGUUCACGGCGGCUCUGAAGAACAGCGGCGUUAUUCACGUCAGUGGAAUCAUUGAUGGCUGCGGCAUCCUCCGUGUAGAGAACAACACCUCGGUUCUCGGCCUCGGUGCCAAAUCCGGCUUGACUGGAGGUGGCCUGCGGAUGUACAAGGUCGACAACAUCAUCCUGCGCAACCUUCAUCUCAGCAUGGCGCCCCGGGGCGGCGACCUUGUUGAGGCCGAGCGCAGCACCAACAUCUGGAUCGACCAUCUCGAUCUCUCCAACGCGGGCAUCGUCGGCAACAAGGACUUUUACGAUGGUCUGCUCGACAUUAAGCGUGCCUCGGACUGGUGGAAGGGCUCCCUCAUCGGCCACUCGAGCGGCAACACAAAGCAGGACGCCGGCACAAUGCACGUGACAUACCACCACAACAGCUUCAUCAACGUCAACUCGCGCCUGCCUUCCAUCCGCUUCGGCACCGGCCACAUCUACAGCUCGUGCUACCUCGACAACCCGACGUCGGGAGUCAACUCGCGCGAGAACGCGCAGGUCCUCGUCGAGUCGACGUACUUUGAGAACACGCGCCUCGCCAUCGUCACGGACCUCGACGCCAAGCUCGAGGGCUGGGCUGUCGAGCGGGACAAUGUCUACGUCAACUCGGACAUUGACAUUACGCAGGUGGGCAGCUUUGUGGCGCCGCCUUACAGUUAUGAUGUCGAUGCUGCUAGCUGUGUGUGUGAUUUGAUCGAGAGCCAGGCUGGAACUGGAGUCGUUGGCUGA